AUGUCGAAGCUCACGAGCGAUCAAGUCUCCUCCCCAGUGCCUCGCGACAUCGAAGUAUCUCAGUCGCUGGAAGGCUCGCUGGCGCACAUCUCCAAGGUGGCGGAGGACUGCGGCAUCCUAGAGUCGGAGCUAGAGCCCUACGGUCGCUUCAAGGCGAAGGUUUCCCUUGACGUGUGCCGGCGGCUGGAGAGCUCCCCCAAUGGUAACUACGUGGUGGUGACAGGGAUCAACCCGACGCCUCUUGGGGAAGGCAAGAGCACGACGACCGUGGGGUUAACGCAGGCUUUGGGGGCCCACCUGGGGAAGAAAGUGUUCGCGAACAUUCGGCAACCCUCUCAGGGGCCCACUUUCGGCAUCAAAGGAGGGGCGGCGGGAGGGGGGUACAGUCAGGUAGUCCCGAUGGAGGAGUUCAACCUUCACCUGACCGGCGACAUCCACGCCAUCACGGCCGCGAACAACCUAGUGGCGGCCGCAAUCGACACCCGCAUGUUCCACGAGAAUACCCAGAGCGAUGAGGCGCUCUUUCGGAGGCUGUGCCCGGAGAACGGAGGAGAGCGGCGGUUCGCCCCGGUGAUGCUGAGCCGGCUGUCGAAGCUGGGCAUCGACAAGACAAGGCCUGAGGAUCUCACCGACGAAGAAAUCAGCCGGUUCGCAAGAUUGGACAUCGACCCUUCGAGCAUCACGUGGAAGAGGGUGAUAGACACCUGCGACCGGAUGCUUCGAAACAUAACGGUGGGCCAGGGUCCCAAGGAGGGUGAGUCGCGCGGCGCCGUCCGCGAGACAGGGUUCGACAUCACGGUGGCCAGCGAGAUCAUGGCGGUCCUCGCCCUGGCGACCUCGCUGCAGGACCUGAGGGACCGCUUGGGAAGGAUGGUGAUUGGCAGGAGCAGACGAGGCGAGGCAGUGACGACGGACGAUCUUGGGGUGUCGGGGGCCCUGUGCGUGCUGAUGAAGGACGCAAUAAAGCCCACCCUGAUGCAGACGGCGGAGCAGACUCCGGUGCUCGUGCACGCAGGGCCGUUUGCCAACAUCGCCCACGGGAACUCUUCCAUCGUGGCGGACAGGGUAGCCCUCAAGCUCGUAGGAGAGGAUGGGUUUGUUGUGACGGAGGCGGGAUUCGGGGCUGACAUCGGCAUGGAGAAGUUUUUCAAUAUCAAGUGCCGGGCCUCGGGAAACACGCCGCAGUGCGCAGUGCUCGUUGCGACGGUUCGCGCCCUCAAGAUGCACGGCGGGGGCCCGCCUGUCAAGGCUGGUACCCCUUUGGCCAGCGUGUACAAGGAGGAAAACCUUGACUUGUUGCGGAGAGGGUGUGCCAAUCUCGCGGUCCACAUCACCAACGCUCUCAAGUACGGCGUGAAGGUGGUGGUGGGCGUCAAUGUCUUCUCUACAGACACUCAGGCGGAGAUCGAUCUCGUGAGGGAGCUCGCCCUGGAGGCCGGCGCGUUUUCCGCCGUGAAAUCGUCGCACUGGGCGGAAGGAGGAGCUGGGGCGGUGCAACUAGCGGAGGCCGUGAUGGAAGCGUGCGCGGCUACCCGAGCAGACCCGUCGACGCCGUUUCGGUUCCUGUACCCGUCGGAAACACCCAUCAAGGAAAAAAUGGACACCGUGUGCCGAGAGAUGUACCGGGCGGCAUCUGUGGAGUGGAGCCCAGAGGCGGAGGAGAAGGUGGCGAUUUACGAGAAAGCCGGAUACGGGAAGCUGCCGAUUUGCGUGGCGAAGACGCAGUACUCACUUUCCACGGACCCGUCGGCUAAGGGGGCCCCGUCAGGACAUACGGUGUUCGUACGCGACGUGCGGGCUUCCGUGGGGGCAGGGUUCGUCUACCUUCUUUGCGGCGACAUUAACACCAUCCCGGGCCUUCCAACACGGCCGGGUUUCUAUGACGUUGACAUCGACUUCGGCACGGGGCGUGUUGUUGGUCUGUUUUGAUGUGCUGAUGAGGAAGGGAGGUCGCGUUUUUGUUCAGUCCCUUGUUUUGGUUGACCUUCUCAAUUGGAGGUUGUUCCGACGCUUGUUUUUGUUUUUUUCAGACGGGAAUUGUUUGAUCGCCCGUCUUGGUUUGCUUUAGACGAAAAUUGUUUGGCUUGAUACA